CGCCGCCCGUCCCCGCCCGUGGCGUCACAGCGUGCGGGCGGCGCUGACCGUGGCCGAGGGCGCCGGGCCAUGGCCUCGUCCGUGGUGCGCGCCACGGUGCGCGCCGUCAGCAAGCGCAGGAUCCAGGCGACCCGCGCCGCCCUCACGCUGACCCCUUCUGCUGUCCAGAAGAUAAAAGAGCUUCUGAAAGACAAACCUGACCAUGUAGGUGUAAAAGUAGGAGUUCGUACAAGGGGAUGCAAUGGACUUUCUUACACAUUAGAAUAUACAAAAUCAAAAGGAGACUCUGAUGAAGAAGUAGUUCAAGAUGGGGUUAGAGUGUUUAUUGAAAAGAAGGCACAGCUGACACUUCUAGGAACUGAAAUGGACUAUGUAGAAGACAAAUUGUCCAGUGAAUUUGUCUUCAAUAAUCCAAACAUCAAAGGAACGUGUGGCUGUGGAGAAAGCUUUAACAUCUGAAAUCUCAGGAUUACUUAUUUGACUUCAAGCAGCCCAAAACACUUACUAUUAUGACUUUCAGAAGCAAAUGCAUUUUCUUCAGGUUUGUAGGCUGCGUAAAGUGGGGAUACUAUUAAGAAAAAUAAAGUUAGAUAUUUGAAAAUAUAAGCUGUGUGUUAAAUUCCACCACUGAUGUAGUUAUGCUGUAAUUUCUGAUUAAUUUGGAUCUAAAAGGUAAGAACAUAAGUGCUGCAGUAACGUCUCUGUACUUCCACUUGCCAAGGAAAUAAAAUUUCGCUGUUCUUUUCUUCUGUCAUUUUCUUUGUCAAUCCUACUCAUACUUCCCGAUUCAAAACCCAUUCAAAAGAAUACAUUAUGUUCUGCUUUGAUUUGGGGAAAACAAACAAACCAAUGAAUAAGAAAUCAUAAUCAUUUCUGUGUGAGUAUUUAUAAAGAUUUAUAUAUACAAGCACACAGUCCUUGCUUACUUUGUACUUUUCCAAUGCUUUCAUCUUUUUACAAGUGCAUUUUCUGGUGGUUUAUUUUUCCUUAAAUUCAGGGAAAUAAAAAUGUUGUUCAUGUAUUAAUAUAGUUCUAGGCUGUGGUAGUGCCUGUUGUAGAAAUGCUUGGAAGAGGGCUAGCCUAAUUUUAAUUAUUUUCCUUUCUUUGUUGAAAGCUUAGUCCCUGCUGUACUUGGUCAUUUUCAAAGCAUGAAGUAUCUGGGUACAGGAGGGAUAAAAAGUGAUAUGCAGACCUUGUUUUUCACAUUUCAGUUUUUUAUUUUGCCAGAAUUAAUUUGCAAAGGUGGUAAAACUGCUUCCACUUCUUGUCCUUCAUGUUCACAGAAUGUGCUGUGUUUGCACCAAAAUCUAUGAAAACUUCUUGAGAGACAAAUCUCCGAUUUCUCAUUACUUCUUUUUUUCUCUAAUCAUGCAUGCUACUAAUUUUGUUAGAGUUUGAACUCUUUUUCAUAACUAAUUAGUAGAUUUUUUUUUGCCAAAGUUUGUGUUUAACUCCUGGCUUGGAUUUAACUUGAUAACAGAAGAAAAAUAAUUUGUAAUUAGAAAAAACCCUUUUUAUAUUACUUUCAAAUUAAUCUAGGCAGUAAUUAAAAUACUGUAGGAGGCCAUUUUUUCUUUGGAAUUUACUUAAUCAGAAUUUUGGUUUUGUAAACAAGUUUCUUUCAAGCUUACGCAAUCUGCAGCAGUUCUUCACUGGUGCUGACACAGAAGUGUAAAUGUCUCUCCAGACUUUCCCAAAACCUGGUAUGAGAGAGGAACUGUUCCACUCUUUUAUCUCCUCAUUGUCCAGAGAUCACAUUGUACAGCUCAGGUGUUAACUUGUGCAGAAAAGAAGGUAACAUGUCUGCUUGAGCAAUAGAUUUGAACAGCUGGUGAAAAUGGUACAAAUAAAAAGUAGGAGGACAGCAGGAGACUUGUAGGUGUUGAGAUGGGAAUGAUCUGAAAGCAUUAAAGCUGUGUGUUGAAAAUCCAGAAGUCAUCUUGAUGUGGACAGUUGUAUCCCACAUGCCUGUCACCAGUUGCUGUAGAUGUAUGAUUGCACCUACGUUUCGCUUCUUCCCUCUGCACCUUUUCCCAGGGCAAAGGGAAGAAUAAAAAUUUAAAAAAUUAAAAAUUACACUUCAUCUGUUUUAUGGAGUGCACAAGAACAGAAGGUCAGAAUUACUUACAGUCUAAUAGUAAAUACUUGAAUUUUGGUUGUAUAUCACCUUUUGAUGUAAAGACACUAUUUCCUUCAACAGUCAACUGUUGCACACAGUUACUAUAUAUAGUGAUUCAGGAAUUAGUGGUAAUACACUGGUGAAGUGCUUCUGUAGUGAUGUAACUCACUCCUGCCAAACAAAAAUAAGGAGUUCAUAUGAUAUAGUUGCAUUACAUCUAAAACUCCAAGCUAAGGGCAUUUCUUCAGAUUGCAUUUCUCUGCUUCUUGCUAGAGAUAAGACUUUGAAUGUGGUAACACUGGUGGUUGCUAAGAGUACUGGUACUUACUCAUUUAACUUGUUUUGGGGCAGAGAACAGUGGUUUGAGGUUUAUUUUAGACCUGUGGCAUGUAUAGUAAUCCUUUUUGUGUUUGUGUAUGCCUUGAAUGAAAGUUUGCACUUUUGUACUCCCAUGAAGUAAUCAUCUUAAGUUGUCACCUUACUAAGACAACUAAUGCACAAUGUGUUAAACUUCUGCUAAAGUGCUAUUUACAGUUGCAUACAAACUGUAUGGUUUUGUUGAUUGGUCCAUUAUAAUUUUGUGCAACAAUGUAUGUAGAGUCCUCAAUUAUAAUAAAUAUAGCCUGUUGGUAACCAUGAAA